GUAAACAACAGAAACAUACCGUGUCCGUGAGGAAAAGUUGGAGUGACUGUAAUUGUGACAAAGCAACAAUGUCUUCAGUUGAGUAUUUGAGAGGGUUUGUCAGCGAGAGACUAACUGCUGCUGCUGAAGAAAUAUUGGGAGUUUUUGAGAAAACUAUCGUCGAGUACGAGAAAGAGAUCGACCGUCAGCGCAGACUGUUGGAUAUAGCUUGGAAACCGGAAGUAAGAUUAUACAGGACAGAGCUCCCACAGCAAGAUGUGUGUAAGGAGGAGGAGGUUGUCGCUGAGCAGCAGCUCUGUAUUGAGGAGAGGAAGUCCAGUGUGGACCAAGAGGAGCCAGAGCCUCCACAGAUUAAAGAGGAAGAGGAGGAAGUGUGCAGCAGUCAGGAGGGAGAGCAGCUUGAAGUGAAGCAGGAGACUGAGACCUUUCUAGUGACUCCUAGUGAUGAGGAAAGUGAGCAGCAGCUCCUCUGUCACAGCUCUCAUGGAGCUGAGAGUGAAGAUGAGGAAGGAGACGAGCAAGGAGACUCAACAUCAAGUGGAGAAGCAGAGACAGAACAACAGAAUAGACGUAACAAGCGCAGAAGUCACACUAACCGUGUAGACAACCCCAACUUAUCAGAGAUUGAUCAUAAUACUCACACAGAGCUCCCACAGCAAGAUGUGUGUAAGGAGGAGGAGGUUGUCGCUGAGCAGCAGCUCUGUAUUGAGGAGAGGAGCUCCAGUGUGGACCAAGAGGAGCCAGAGCCUCCACAGAUUAAAGAGGAAGAGGAGGAAGUGUGCAGCAGUCAGGAGGGAGAGCAGCUUGAAGUGAAGCAGGAGACUGAGACCUUUCUAGUGACUCCUAAUGAUGAGGAAAGUGAGCAGCAGCUCCUCUGUCACAGCUCUCAUGGAGCUGAGAGUGAAGAUGAGAAAGGAGACGAGCAAGGAGACUCAACAUCAAGUGGAGAAGCAGAGACAGAACAACAGCAUAGACGUCACAAGCGCAGAAGUCACACUAACUGUGUAGACAACCCCAACUUAUCAGAGACUGAUCAUAAUACUCACACAGGUAAAACACCUUUUAAAUGUGACACUUGUGGGAAAGCUUUCAAGUUUAAGUGGUAUUUGAAUAAACACAAGCCGUAUUGUUGUAAGACAUGUGGGAAAACAUUCAAUCGAAUGUCAUCUCUGAACACUCAUAAAAGAAUCCACACAGGUGAGAAGCCGUAUUGUUGCAAAACAUGUGGGAAAACAUUCAGUCAUAUGUCAACUCUGAACGUUCAUAAAAGAGUCCACACAGGUGAGAAGCCAUAUUGUUGCAACACAUGUGGAAAAUAUUUCCGAUAUAAGAGUCACUUGACUGGCCACAUGAGAACCCACACAGGAGAGAAGCCAUAUUCUUGCAGCACAUGUGGGAAAACAUUCUCUCAGACAGCAGAUUUGAAAGCUCAUGCAAGAAUCCACACAGGUGAAAAGUCGUAUUCUUGCAAAACAUGUGGAAAAGAUUUUGGACGCAGUUAUCAUUUGUUAGUCCACAUGAGAGUCCACACAGGUGAGAAGCCGUAUUCUUGCAAAACCUGUGGAAAAGAUUUUGGACAGAGCAGUACAUUGUUAGUCCACACAAGAAGAGCCCACACCGGUGAGAAGCCAUACCUUUGCAAGAUCUGCGGGAAAAGAUACUUUGAUGGGUCCCAUUUAACAAGACACAUGAAAUCACAUACAGGUAAAACACCUUUUAAAUGUGACACUUGUGGGAAAGCUUUCAAGUUUAAGUAUCAUUUUAAUAGACACCUGAGAAUCCACACAGGAGAGAAGCCGUAUUCUUGCAACACAUGUGGGAACAAAUUCAGUGAUAUGUCAACUCUGAACGUUCAUAAAAGAAUCCACACAGGUGAGAAGCUGUAUUGUUGCAAAACAUGUGGAAAAGAUUUUCGAUGUAAGAGCCACUUGAUUGGCCACAUGAAAAUCCACACAAUAGAAAAGCCAUUUAAAUGUGAGACAUGUGGGAAGGAUUUCAUACAUAGAGCUGUCUUGAAUCACCACCUGACAACCCACACAGGUGAGAAGCCAUAUUCGUGCAGCACAUGUGGGAAACGAUUCUCUCGGACAACAGAUUUGAAAGCUCAUGCAAGAAUCCACACAGGUGAGAGACCAUAUUCUUGCGAGACCUGUGGAAAAGAUUUUCGACAGAAUAGUACCUUGUUAGUCCACAUGAGAAUCCACACAGGUGAGAAGCCGUUUAAAUGUGAGACAUGUGGGAAAGGAUUCACUCGGACAAAUGAUUUGAAAGCUCAUGUAAGAAUCCACACAGGUGAGAGACCAUAUUCUUGCAAGACCUGUGGAAAAGAUUUUCGACAGAAUAGUACCUUGUUAGUCCACAUGAGAAUCCACACAGGUGAGAAGCCGUAUUCUUGCAAGACAUGUGGAAAGGAUUUCAGACGCAGUUGUAAUUUGUUGGUCCACACGAGAAGAGCCUGCACCAGUAAGAAGCUGUACCUUUGCAAGAUCUGUGGGAAAAGAUACUUUGAUGAGUCUUAUUUGAUAAACCACAUGAAAUCACAUACAGGCAAGUAGUCUUGUAUUUCAAAAAUCAUAUUGGAGACGAUUCAGUUCUGGUGGCUCAUGGUUAAAACACACAAGAAGUCAAAGAAGUGAGGAGCCACAGAAUUGCAGCACAUUGAAAAACAUACUCGAAAAACCUCUUGACACCUCAUGCCAACUGGAGACCUGUCUUUUUAUGUCUGCUACAUUUAAUUUGAUAUUUUUUGUGUGGGUAUUUUGUAAAUGCAUCAACGCCACAGCUGACUACAAACUAAACUGUAGAUGAUGUACUCCAUGGUGCUGUCAACAGAUCAGCUUAUAAAGUAGUAAUGAAAAGUGAAUGAAUAUUAAUGAUCUGUGCCCAAAGACAUGUGUUCUCUUUUUUUAACUCAUCUAUGUAUCCAAACACUAAAGCUUUGUGUUGUGAUGAUUUAACAAUAAUAAACCCUCUAGAGGUGUUGGAUCACUUACGUUUUCA